GCUGUACGGGGCGGUGGCGGAGCCGGGGGAGCAGAGUGGGAGCGAUGAUGGGGACCGAGAUGGCUCUUGCUGUGUAGCUGCGGGCAGUCGGUCCAUCGCAGCUUUAUGCUCUGGGGGUGCAGUUCAGAAGACUGGAGAAGCAGAGGGAGCUCAGCUCUGGGAUCCGAGGGAGGGUCCCGUGUGAAUCGGAUGCAUGUAUGGGGUUAUCAGGCCCUCGGGGUCCCGGCCAGCCCCCUGCUUGGUGCGAGCGGUGAGGCUGCUGACCCGUCCUGCUGAUGUUAAGCUGCUUCCCUGUCCCCUGUGUGUGGUGCGGAGGGGAUCUGACUGUGCUCCUGGCUUGGACAGGUGUGGUUGAUGGGACUGAGGUGGCAUUAAGGGCCGUUUGGUGGCUUGUCUGCGCUCCCUGCGUGCUGAGACCCCUUCCUGUGGUGUGUGCCAGCUCUGGUGUUUUUUGGUGCCUGUCCCCACAUCCUGCCCUGCUCAGAGCCAGCACUUGGGCUCUGCUGCCAACUCUGCCGGCAUCCCAGUGACCCUCUUGUCGCAAGGCAAACAUGUCACAGCCUGGAUUCGGCGCCCUGGCUGGGCUCAAGGUGCAAGAAAGCCGUGUGAAACUGCGAGGUGUGGCUCAGAGCUGACCUGCAGAGCGCGGCGGGCAGCCAGAAGGCUCAGCCCUGCGGUGACUCUGCGGGUCCCAUUUGUCCCUGGAGCACAGGGACAGGUCGGGGUUUGCAAAGUGGGCGGCGCUGGGAAUGCUCACGGUGCGUUCUCAGCCUCAUAACUGAGGAGUAAAAGGUGUGUAACAUCUGUAACAAAGCCUCCAUUUAUCCACACCAUCAAUUACCUGUUGAAAUCGAAUGGGUAUUAAGCAAAGCAAACAAGUCCCAAAGAGUCAGCUGGGAAAUCCCUUUCCCUAAGAUUUGGUGGGGAAGUGAAGCGAGCACCUCCUGCCCUGCAGGCUCCUCCUGGCCCCUCACCCUGCAGUCUCCUCUCCAUCAAACCAUUGGGGCUGGUCCCAGUGGGGACAGGUCCCCUGCUCCGUGCCAGUCUUGUGCUGCCCCGUGAGGGGCUUUGAGCAGCUCCUGGUCUCGCUGAUCCAAUCCCCCAGGCUGGGGCAUUUCUGUCCCAGAACGAAGCUUCCUGCCAGCCUGGCUGCUUUGCCAGCGCCGUGCCUUGCUCCCCAACUUGCACCCCGUGUUCCCACAGGCCUGGGGUUGCAGGCUGGGGACUUCAGGUUGGCUGCACCAUGGUGGCAUGGGCAGAUGGGCCCAAAAUGUGCACAGUGGGUGCAGCGCCGCCAGGCAGAUGCUGGGAUGGGUGAGGAGGGCUGAAGGGCACGGGGUGGAAGGCACUGAGAAAACAUGGGGCAAGUUCUGUUUGUUCUCUGCCACCGCUCCAUGGCAACGGCGCGGCGGCCACAAAGCCAAAGAAUUUGCAUUGUGUCGCUUCAGCGUUUCGGAGGGCGCAGCUGGGAUCACGGGCUGGGGGCAGGGUGCCGGCCCCGCUCCCUGCCAUGGCGAUGCCCACUCCUCCUGCCCUGACCAGGCCCCGGAGAUCCUGGAUUUCAGGUCUGAGGAUCACUGCGUAUCACUGGUGGCGAGACCAGCAGCAUCCCGUGGUUCCCAUCUCUGGCUGCUCGGCCCCAUCGCCACCCUCUGGUUCUCCUGGGGUGGGUUUGGUGUGGCUGGGGCUGGGCGCACUUCCUGCUGCUGCUCGGCUCUGCGGGAGUUUUGCUUGGCCUGCCGUGUGCUUUCUGAGAGUGUUUGCAGGCACUCCUCCCUGGACCUGCUGGCCGCUGCUGUGUGACCUCCCUGUCCUGGGGUGUGUUGUGUUUCUCCCCUCCCACAAGGUUCAUUCUCUUCCAGCCGCUCCAGACCCGGCGCCCCGGCUGCAGGGCGUUCAGGAGCAGGCAGGCAGUGCCCAGCCAUGUGGCUGCCCAAAGCCUUUUGAUCUCAAAGAGCCGGAGCCGUGCCAGAAGGGGCUGGCAGGAGGCUGAGCUGCCCACGACCUUCUCCCUCCCUUCUCCCUCCCUGAGGGGCGCCGCAUCCUCAGCCUGAGCGGCCCAGCCCUGCUUAUCCCACGUCUCUCUCCCCGUGCCAGAGCAGGGGAUGGAUGUUCCCCUGGGUGCAUCCCCUCUGCUCUUCCCCUUCUGCAGGAGCUGCGUGGGGAAGGGCCCUGGCAGUCCUUGAGUACCAUGGAGACCGAAGCCUCUUAUCUGCUCCUUAUCAGGACAGCCCCGCCAGGCCCUGCUGAGUCAGGGUGCAGGAACGUGGCACCCGGCCAGGCUGCGCCCAGCAGAAGCGAGGUGCUGAGCACCAGCUGGGCCAAUGGAGCUGCAGGUCCUGCCGCUGGGAGCCCUCAGUGCUGCUGUGUGUAAAGAAACCUGCAGGGUCUUGUCUCUAAUCCUUUCCUGGAUCUGCUCCCAUGCGCAGCACAGGACCUGCUGUGACAGGCAUGUCUGACAUUUGCAGAGCUCCUUCGGUCCCUGUGAGCGCCGGGCACGAUGGCACGCGGUGGGGAUGGAGCGGGCGGCGAGCAGCGCGUGCAGCGCUGGGAAGGGUGCAUGGGGGGAGGAGGACAGGAGCUCAGCAGAGGCAGAGCAGCGCUAACAGAGCUCUGGACUUUGGCACAGCUCGGCGUGGCUCAGCAGGAGGGAGGAGGUGACAGUGGUGUGCCCGCAGCCGGGGGCUGCCAUGCGUAGGGCUCACCCCCAGCCCUCCCUCGCCUGCUGUCUGCCCGUGCUCUGUGUAGGCCAUUCCCGCCUGGAUCCGGCUCCCAGCUCAGACAGUGUUUGCCUUCAAACCUGUUUGGUGGCUUCUCAGGAGGGGCCGAGCGCAGGUGGGGACGCAGCAGGAGGCCCCGUGCAAUGGGCUGGGAGCUGCACUGCACUGCCUGCCAGCUGUAUGGGGCUGAGGGACGGAGCAGCCCAGGAGGGACCGCGGCUUCCCAGUGUGUUGUGUGACCGGAGCUCAGACUCUGUGCUUUUGUGGCUCAGCUUGUCCCCAUUUCAUUGCUGUGCUUCUGCCUGACAGCAGCUGUGGACCACAGCCCUCCCCCAGGUGGGGUUUCCCAUCCCAUCCCCACCUGAUUCUCUGUGGCCGUUCACUUUCCCAGGGCACUCGCGGUAGUUUUCUGCACUGUAAUUGAAAGGAAGAAGAAGACUCUUGUUUGUUUUCCUGUUUAAAAUUAAUUUUAUUUCUGUCUCUACAUGGGAUUGCCUUUGAGAACAGAACCAGCAGUGCUGUUCAGGUCGUGUUUAUUUACUUUGCGGAGAUGUUUUCCUGGCUGGAAGAUCAGCCCUGGAGCAAGGAGCAGGGCUGGCUGUAACCCUGCAGAUAGCACUGCGGGGCAGCCCGGGGCCUUGUGGCCAAAGCCACCGUCAAUAUUAUUGUGCUCUUGUCCUGCCUUAAGACGGCUCAGUCCCAGUGUGCAGACCCCAUGCAGAGAGUCGGGGCAGCAACAAGGGUGGGGAGCUCCUGCAGCCCUCUUGGCACACAGGGACUGUGCUGUCCCCAAGCAGCGGCCACAUUUGCACGCCUGGGCAUCACCAUUUGGUGCCUGUGAGCACCGUUUGAUGCUCCGUGGUGCAGAAGGUCCCCAGUGCCACCCAGAAGGGAAGGCAGCAUCUCCUCCCGUUGCUCCUCUGGGACCUCGCAGCCCCCAUGCCAGCUCCCCUGCUCCUCCUCCCCAUUUUUCCCCGAUGAGUCAGUGGUGCCGGGCGGGCGCUCCUGUUCCCCGCCGCAGGACCCAAAGGCAAGUCGGGGCAGUGCUGUGCAGGCAGCGAUGGAUGCACACACCUGGGGAUAAUGGCCCAGCCCGCUGCUCACAGGAGGUGCAGGCGCAGCGUGGAGCACGGAGCCAGCGCUCACCCCUUAGCCAGGCAGUGAGGGUUUCUCCCCUGGCUCACCCAUAGACGGAGCCCCUGCAGUGGGGCCUGCACCACCUCCUUGCGGCAUCCUCAGCUGCGUGGACCCAGCUGUGCUCCUUUGGGGUCUCAGCUCUGGUCUCUCCCUCCAUAACAACAGCAGCGCUUUGCCCGUUGGACACCAGGUUCUGAACAGAGAAAUCAUCCUUGGGGCCGUCCUACCUGUCCUGGGCAGGAACCGGUCCUCCUGCUGCAGGAUGCGGCUGCCACGUGCGCAUGAGGCACGUGUGUGCCAGGCUGGAGCAGGAGAGCCUGGAGGGGACGGGUCGAUCCAGGGCGCUUCACAAGGAGUGAGUGAGGGAUGGGAUGGGAUGCCUGGGCAGGCGUGUUGCUGCCGGUGUGGGCCGCAGCUGCAGCCUCUGCUGUGGGAUCCCCGUGUGCUGGGCUGCAGCUCCAUCCUGCUCCAUCCUUUGCUGCCAUGGAUACUGAACCUUUCCUGCAGCACAGCGAUGCGCUGCCCGCAGAGCAGAGGGCAGCGCUUGGUGCAGCACGUGCCGCCUGCUUUGUGCACCCUCAGCCCUUUCAUUUUGGCCCUUUUCCAUUUGUGCUGUGAAAAGAGCUGGGAGUGGCUGCCUGUGGCUGCCGGCACCUUCUGGGUGAGCGCGUGGGCAGUGGGGCUGAUCCUGUCCUGCUGUGGGGAAGGUGCUGUGCACUGCUGACUGCAGGGGUAGGUGUGCAGGAGCUGCAGGGAGCUCUGCACGUUUGCUGGAGGAGAUGCAGAGGAGGCUGCACCACCAGGCCAGGGCCGUGCCCGUAGCGCAGUCCCUCUGUGCCUUGGGUAGCUGCUCUGCCCGCAGCCAGCCCCAUGUUUGGCUGCAGUAAGCUGGUUGCACAUGAGCUGCUCCUGCACAGGAAGAAGGCUUUGCCCCACCUGCCCCACUGCAGGUGCAGCGUGCAGGAUGGAUGCGUGGUGCUGGUGGGGCCCCGAGUGACAUCAGUGCUUGUUUGGUAGGGUCAGCACUGUGCUGGUGCAAAGCUCAGCACUCACCUCCCACCCCACGCGGUGCCCCGGGUGCUGCUCCCCUUCACGCCUGGCUGGACGGCCUUCCUUCAACGUGGGGGGGUGAAGGAGGGGUCUGGGGCAGCCGCCGGCUGCUCCCUGCAGCAGGGCCGCACGCUGCACCCAUCUGGCAGUGCAGAGGAAUCCCUGUGCAGUGGGGCAGCCCGACAGUGGGUGCACAGAGAGGUGUGGGUGCUCCCUGCCUCCCCUCUGCCUGCAGUUCUUUCCCCUCGUGCGUGGGCACUGCGGCUGCCAACCUCCAUUCCUCUCCUCUCCCCCCCGCCUGCCCCAGCGGCUGGAGCUACUGGUUAGACUGGUCCGAAGCCCGGUUAUCCCCCAGUGCCACAGGCUGACCGUGACACUGCCGUGCUGGGGGACACGGUGGGGACAUGGGAGCACCGGCCCUACCUGCCCUGCUGCAGCAGGUCCCAAAGGUUGAUGCCUGGGGGGGAAAUGCCUCCCAGCUCCUCCCAAUUGAUCACAGUGCUGUGAAGGCCAGCACGCCAGUUUGCAGGGCUGCUGUGUCCAGUGGGGACCAGUCCUGAUUGAUGUGGAUGAUGCAGGGGGAUUCCUCCCCGAGCACAAGAAUUUGGGGGGAAUUCUCUGCACUCAGCCCCAUGCCAGGCAGGGUGCGUCCCCGCACGCUUCGUGCAGGAAGGAGGGGAGGGCCGGGGGGGAGCGUGAGGCCAGAGGAGGGGCCCUGCUCUCCUCCUCCCAGCACCGGGAGCGCGCUGGGAGCAGCCGGGCUGUCCCCUCCUGCCGCCGCGCAUCCCCCCCCCGGCUCCGGCCUCUCCCCGCGCAGCCGCUCCGCCGGGCGAGCAUCCUCCCGCCGGGCUUCGUGCAGCCGGUCCUGCGGCACGGACGAGCGUGGGGAGAAAGAGCUGCGGUCUCGGCAUCCGCCCCCCGGCGCGAUAGGCGGCGGCGAAGCCUCGGCUGGGGGCGGCGGAGCCCCUUCUCGCGGGGAGCAGACCCUCCUCCUGGCCACCAUGGUGGUUUUCAUGGGCAGGAACCUCUCCUCGCUUCUGGCUUUCUUCAAGAAGAAGGGUGCUGCCAAGACCGAGAACGACAGGCGGCUGAGCGUGCAGUACAAAGCAGGCGAUGAGUGCCCCGACAAUGUCUUCUUCCCCAGCACGCGGCCCCCGCACCUGGAGGAGCUGCACAACCAGGCCCGCGAGGGGCUCAAAUCCCUGCAGCACCAAGAGAAGCAGAAGCAGACCAAAAGUGCCUGGGACCAAGGGGACACCAACAGCCUCCAGUCCUGUGCGUUGUCGGAGGAUGACAGUGUGUCCUUACGGAGCCGGGCAGCCUCCUGCAUCACUGACAGCGCCUCUGAGGACGCCCUCUCCAUCCGCUCCGAGAUGAUCCAGCGGAAAGGUUCCACAUUCCGACCACACGAUUCCUUCUCCAAAUCUUCAGAGAAGGCUGGCAGGAAGAGGAAGGAGCGGAGGACAACAGUGCUGGGCAUCCCCCAGCACGUCCAGAAGGAGCUGGGUCUCAGGAACAGCCGAGAGAUCAGGGAACGUCCCACAGAUGGGCACGUGGGCAGCCGGGCACCGCAGCCCCUGCUGAACGGCGGCCAGGUCUCCGGUGAGGCCAUCCGUAUUCCCACCAUCGAUGGGAACCUGCCACCACUGGACGUCCCAGGGGGUGCCCGUGUGCGCCUGGGAGCCUUGGAGGAAACAGACACGGCUCUGCAGAAGCACAUUGACCGGGUUUACUACGACGACACGUUGCUGGGGAGGAAAACGUCGGCCAAGCUGUCGCCCAUGGUGAGGCCGAAGUCUCUGGCCGUGCCAGGCAUGACCACCAGCGCCAACCCCCCGGAUCUGCUGAGCCCCGUCAUGUCCAUCUCACCCCAGGGCACCUACAUGUCCAAGAUCAUCCCCAACGCCAUCCUGCCGCCUAUGGUGGACGUGGUGGCCCUGACGAGGAGCAGCGUGCGGACGCUGAGCCGCUGCAGCCUGGUGUCGUCCAGCCCGGCCUCGGUGCGCUCUCUCGCCCGCUUCUCAGAGCACAGCACCCGCAGCCGUGAGCCCUCCUCCUCCAGCGACAACUGGAGCCACUCGCAGUCCACAGAGACCAUUGUCUCCAACAGCUCCACCAUCUCCUCGCAGGGCGGCUCUGACCGCCGGCAGGCCGAGGCUGGGCUGUGCAGCGAAGCCGACACCGCGCGACGCUCCGACAACGAUCAGAUCAGCGUGUACAGCUCUGCCAGCUUUGCCAGCGCCUGCUCCAAGCCUGCCGUGGCUGCAGUGCACACAGCUCACGGGCUGCUGGCCGUGGGGCCCCGCAGUGUGGGCAGCAGCGGCCGCACAUCCCCCGCCUUCAGCACCAGCAGCCAGGCUGAGGGCUCGGACACGGGCAGCCUGGCGAGCGAGCGCUCCUCGGCACGCAGCGUCUCCCUCAGGAAGAUGAAGAAGCCCCCGGCACCCCCUCGCAGGACAUUCUCGCUGUACCAAAAGGCGGAGGGGGAGCACAAGGUGCUGGGGCUGCCCCCCAAGCCCAACCGGCGGCCGCAGCAGGCGAGCGAUGCGCCCUGGUCCCCGCACCCUGAGCCCUUCAGCCCGACGGUUGAGGAUGAGGUCUUCUCCUCAUCACUGAGUGAGACCAGCAGCAUCCGCUCUGAGAGCUUGGCUGGGACCAACUCCCCCAAGACCUCACGGGGCAGCCCUGGUGAGCGGGGAAUAACGGUGGUGCUGAGGGAACCCUCAGCUCAGCCCAAGUGGAGCUGCCCAGAUGGCUCUGACCGCACCAUGUCACCCUCCAGCGGAUAUUCCAGCCAGAGCGGGACGCCCACACUGCCUACCAAGGGGCUGGGACCCCCGGCCGCAUCCCCAGGCAGGGUCCAGCCCCAGAAGCCCGACCGGGUCUGCUCCUUACAGUCCCCCGCGCUGUCCGUCUCCUCCUCCCUCACCUCUAUCUCCUCCUCUGCCUCAGACCCAGUGCCCUCUGAGACACCGCACUGCGCUCAAAGCCGUUCGGAUAGGUUUGUCAUCCCGCCGCAUCCCAAGGUGCCCGCUCCCUUCUCCCCUCCGCCCACCAAGCCCCAGACACCUACUGCCCCCGCCGGCCCUCUCACCCCUUCACUGGACCCGUCGGUGCCCAGUGCCGCAGGGCAGGAGCCCUCCACCAAACCCGGCACCAAAUCACCACCGCCAUCACCACCACCUGCCUACCACCCGCCUCCUCCACCGGCCAAGAAGGCAGAGGUGAGCCCCGACAGUGCCUGUGAGGCCCCCGCGGAGGCUACCUGGCCCCCACCGCCCCCCCCGGCCCCUGAGGAGCACGACCUGUCCAUGGCAGACUUUCCUCCUCCAGACGAAGCCUGUUUCUCCAGCCUGCCCCCGCCUGAUGCCGUGCUGACCCCAGCAGCAGGGCAGAACCACGCGCCGAGCACAGCCGCAUCUUCCUCCUCCUCAACCACCGUCUCCUCGAGCGUCCAGCAGCAGGGCUCACCGCCAUCCCCCACCACGCCACUUCCCGGAGCCACCGCGCCACCACCCGCGGCCACCGUGCCCCCACCGCCACCUCUGCCGCCACCAUCAGCUCCUGCUUUACCGCCCCAGAUCUGCCUUAAGAAGGCGGCGAACGGCUCCCGGGCAGACAGCAAGAAGGAGCCAGCAUCGCGCAGCAAGAGCGGCCCGGUGCCCAAGGAGGACGCCAGCCUGCCCAUCGUCACGCCGUCGCUGCUGCAGAUGGUGCGGCUGCGCUCCGUCAGCGUGGAGCCGCCCGCCGUGGCCGAGGAGCGCGCGGUGCCGCAGAAGCCCAUCCGCCGGGCCCUGUCCACGCGGCAGCCCAAUCCUGCCAAAGAUGCGGUGCCUUCAAACCCGCUCCAUGCUGCUGUGCACCUCAAGGCCUCCGCUGCGUCCUCCGGUGAGGCUUCUGGGCUGGCCGCAAAACCCCUGGGCGGCAAAGCGACUCCUCCUGGCCUGGAGGCGCCUGCCGGCGAUGGGCAGCUGUCCCCCAGGCACAAAUCCCCCACCUCCACCGCCAGCUUCAUCUUUGCCAAAAGCACCAAGAAGCUGGUGAUCGAGACACCCUCAUCCCCUGAGGCACAGGCCGACCUGAAGAGGAAUUUGGUCACCGAGCUGAUGAAUUUCUCCGGGCAGCGCUCGGCAGCCCCAGCUGCUGCCCAGCAGGGCCCAGGCAAGGCACCGGUGCACCGAAAGCCUGGCAAAGUGCCCCCUCCUGUUGCCAAGAAGCCUUCGCUCGGCCUCGGGCCGUCUCCAUCACCACUGAGCCCAAAGGCACCGGAGGCGCUGGGCUCCCCUGCGCCAGAUGAGAAAGUCAAGGCAGUGGCAGUGGAGGAGGAGAGCAGAACCAGCAGUGAGCCGGUGGGAAUGGCUGAGGGCAGAAGCGCCGCGGUUGCAGAGCCGCCAGCACAAGACGGACAGGGAGAGACGGCCUGAAGGACGGAGCUGCAGGACUGGUGCCCCCGCGGACAGGAAUCCAAAUCUCUCAGGGACCUGGGCAGGUCAACGGAUGAGUGUGGAACUGGCAACUAACUUAACACAGGAAGCAAACAGCCUUAGCCUCCAUGGCCUUGAUGAUAUUUAUGCAAAAAUGGUGUUGGUUUCACUUUCCUAAGUACUACAGCUUUAUUUUGCAUUAUUUUUUUUACUGGACUCGAGGCCCACGCCCAGAGCCAGCGCUCCUCCCUGCUGCGCUGCCGCGUGGUUUGCGCGUGUGAGCAGAGCAGCUGCGCAGAGAGGAGGGCGAGGGGCUGCGAGGACAGCGCUGGAUCCAACCUGCUCCCGGCCAGCCGGGCCUGUACAGAAUCAAAGCACUUUGGACAAAGAACUGGAAGGCUUCGGCCGCCCCUGGGAGGACUUGGGCGGCAGCAGCAGCAGCGUGAGACGGAGCCCCGGAUGGAGCGGAGCGGCGCUGCAGCCCUGGAGAAAAGCACGAGGGGUCUCUGGGCCGGCGCCGCUCCCCGGCUGCGGCUCACGGCGCUGCUGGGCCCGGCCGGCUGGGAGCCGCGCGGCUCGGCAGGAGCCCUGUGAGCUGCCGCCCUGGGCUGUGGGGUGGAGCCUUGAUUUCUGUUUCUGUAAACUUUGGUCACAUUUUGAUUUCUUUGAUUGUAAGGAAAAAAAAAAACAACAAAAGAACCAAAACCAAACAACCCUCUGCCGCCAAGUAGCCCCUCAGAGCUCUGUACCUGGCUGGUAAAGAUGCUGACUGAA